UACCCUUUGUAAUAGUGGACCGCUUAUGUGGGGAACGGUAAAAGCCUGCGGAAUAUAUCGUAGUGCCAUUAUGUACCAGUUGCGCCCAAUAUUCAUCACUUAUAAACUAAAUACCACGACUUUGCUGCAAGGCGCACACAUUCUGUAAAAUCGUUUGCUGCAAGGCACACAAAUUCUGUGGAAGAUGCAUGCCAUUACUUUGCUGUUUUGUGGAUUGGUGGCAGCGGUGGGAUUCUAUGUAGUGGACGCACAACACUGCUGCUAUACGAAACCAUAUAUGAUAGAGAGUGUGUCUGGCGUUAUCUACUCGGACAACAGCGUGCAUACUGAGGUUGGCAUCUAUGGUCGGGAUCCAAACAGUCAUACGGUCGCUUCGGAUAGAACGGCCACUGAUGUGAACACGGGAGCCCAGACGCGUACCCGUAUCAUUCAAAAGUUCAAUCAUGCUGCUUCGACUGGUAAAGUCUGGACAAUCAAGAACGAAACGAACUGCUCGAUGGAGGAGAAGCCACUAAAGUUCCGCGCAUGCGUAUCUGACGACUUCUUAAAGAUCCCAUCAUUUACCUACGGCAAAGAUGGUUUGACUGUCGACCGAUACCAGAAGAUAACUCCGUCAUUGAGCUACACCUUGUACUACACCCCAGAUUGCGUACUGACUAAUGCAAUGAAAGUAGAGACCAAGGCAGACGGAAAGACGGUGUAUCUGCGUAAUUACGGCAACUUCCGUGAGGUGGACUUCCCCUGUGCAUUUGAUGACUUAUUCAAUCUUCCAGACUUCUGCCCUGGAGACGUCCUCAAAGAGUCUCGAAGGUUCGGCGAGUUCGAGCAAAUCCUUUCUGCGUCUGAUACUGAUCUUCUGCUGUGAAGCACCCGGUCACUGAAGUACGCCAUAAAGAGAUUGAUUUUUUUCACCGUUCGUUUCAUCUGCCAUCGUAUCAAUAUGAGUAAUCCAUCGAUAGUAGUAGACCUGCUGUCUUUCACCGGAAAAAGGACAAACUCGGCACGAGCGGGGAGCUUUUUUGGUUGGGUAAAGCGAAAUCUGGUAAAAGGGGAAUUUUCGUUUAAAUUAGUAGAAAUGUUCACUUGAUGUAAGCCUAUGAUAGUGUUAAUUUUUAAUUUGAUGUCGUCUACAACGGUUUCCGAUGAAUUUCGUGCAUUUGAUAUAGGACUGUCUCUAAAUGUUGAUUUAUUUUGGACUUUAGACAACAUUUCCAAUGUUUUUAAUUCUAAAAGAUUUUUAUGUGUUUUUUGCGUGUACUGAAUGUGAUAAACAGUUUUACUAGAGUAUUAAGUAAGAAUCUUAGGGUGUUACUGCUUUGUUAAUUCUUGAGCAAAUAUAAGAACAAGCUACACCUUCGUGAGUAGCCGAUAGAAGCCCUAACCCUUUACCCGUCGGAAUAGGGUAUAACACUAAUUUACUAACAUAUAACUGAAUUGCUUACCUACCUGUACGUCUAGCCAUGGAUUUAGCCAAAGUCCCCGUCAAGAAGAUUGUUUCUCUAAAACUAAUUCCCUAUGAGGAGCUGUAAGUUGUCUAGCAGUAAUUUAAAGCUGUGCAUUUGGUUUCCUGGUUGUGGGGAGUAACAUCUCAGCCUUCUCGGGGUAAAGUCAAGAAAGAGAACGUCUCAACUGCUACACAAUAUGUACAUGAGGUGAUCCAGGCCUCCAUUCAUAUUUCGCCAUGCGAAGACUCGAUUUACUACGGCAUUCCUUGCAUGCAACAGAUUAUCUGGAUAAGGUGCACCAACAAUUUCUGACGGAGUGAUCAUUGAUCCGUUGUUUGUUAUAAACUGGCGAGGUCUAUUGCCUUAUUAUUGGAGGUUAAAAAGAGAAUCUUAACAAUCCGUCUGUUUAGACAAACAUCACACGCAUUACAUAAUGGUAUAGCAUGACUUUGCCUCGAUUUAUCAGACACGUUUAAUUAACAAAACAGACACUCUGCAACAAG